UCAUCGAUGUCUUGUAAUCCCGCAAGACAACUUCAUUCGACGUCGUUAAUAAUGAAACCCCUAAUGCUGGCCAAAGAUGAACCAGAUUGUGAGGCCGGUGAUCAUGUGAGUGAAUCAAAUUACGAUGAUGGACAUCAUGCUGCGUAUAAGUCUAGUCUAAGUGGUGCUGGCGAUGAAGUAGAUAGUGAUAACGAAGUGUCGAAUGACCAACAUCCUGUACAGCAUCCACUAGCACAUCAUUUACGCUCGUCAGGUGUUAAACUUGAAGCAGCACUCAUGGAGUUCAGUGAAGGAUUAAAUCUAAUAAACAAAUCAAAUAACAACACAAAUGAUGACAACAACAACACGAACUCAACUUAUAAUAGUGCGACAACCAGUAAUAAUGACAACAACAACAACAAUACGAAUAAGGGCGACGGCGCCAAUAAAACGCCGCGAAAACUCUUCGAGUGUGAUGUAUGCAAUAUGAAAUUUUCCAAUGGCGCCAACAUGCGUAGGCAUAAACAAAGACAUACGGGAGUCAAGCCCUACGAAUGCCGUGUAUGUCAGAAGAGAUUCUUUCGUAAAGAUCAUUUAGCUGAACAUUUUACAACACAUACAAAAACGCUACCAUAUCAUUGUCCAAUAUGUAAUCGUGGCUUUCAAAGGCAGAUUGCAAUGCGUGCUCACUUCCAAAACGAGCACGUUGGGCAACAUGAUUUGGUGAAGACAUGUCCACUUUGUAGCUACCGAGCUGGCACAAUGAAAUCAUUGAGAGUUCAUUUCUUUAACCGUCAUGGAAUUGACUUGGAUAAUCCUGGAUCGGGAACACCGUCGUCACUUCUUCUCGCUUUGGAGCAAUCAAAUUCAGCACAUCUUUUGCCAGCAUUAGCAGCAGCUGCAAACGCCAGUGCAAAUGCAUUCAGUGAUAGUGGGGAUUCAGCACGUUCAACAGACAAUGCAACACCACCAAUGCACUUUCUUACACCACAUGUGGAAAUAUCAAUGGCUGACAAUAAUGAAAAUAAUCCAAUUAGGAUGUCAGCGAACAAUAUAAAUGGAAUAAACAGCAAUGACCUCUCAACACAUCCAACCACUGUCACCGCAACAACUUCUUCAGGUUUGGAUAUUCAAGCGAUUGUUCGUCCACUAAAUACAAAUGGAGGCUCCCCCGUCUCACCACAAUCAGCUGAUUCAAAUUCCAAUGUUCCAUCGAGCUCACACUCAUCGUCAAUUAUGACAAAUGAAGCUCAAAGUUCACGUCAUUUAAUCUUUGACAAUGCUAUAAAACCGUCUAUAUCUCUAAUACCAAUCAAACAGGAGCCAACCACAAAUGAUGACUAUUCGUCCGAUAGUACAUUGAGCAAUAGCAAAAGUAACAAUCAACGUUCAUUAACAUCAACCCCAAUGCUCACCGAACCAACAUCUCUGACAACAACAACAUCAACGUCAACAGCGAAUGCAUCAUCAUCAUCAGUCCAAAACUCAUCAGGUGUUAGUAAUUCAACUGAAAGUGUUACACCCACUUCAAGUCUAGCAUCGAUGAUUAAAGUAUCACCAUUAAAAUCACUGCUGCGUGAAGAUCUCAAAAGACGUAUUACAGCACGAGCUAAUAAUCGUGUCGCUCGCAACAUCAACAAUUAUGGAUCAUCGAUGACGUCAUCGACGAAUAACUCAGGAAUAUGCAAUAGUUCAAAUACAAUGAUUGUAUCACCUGAACCAGUUACACCAACAACAUCAAAUGGAACGAUUACAUCUACGGGUGCUGAUAAUGAGACAAUUGUCUUCGGUACGAGUUCCAAGAAGCGAAAUCUUUUAUGUUCAUAUUGCGGCAUUGAGUUUCCUGAUCAAACGCUUUAUUUCUUGCAUAAAGGAUGUCAUAGUGAAUCCAAUCCUUGGAAGUGUAACAUUUGUUCCGAGACAUGCUCAAAUGUCUAUGAAUUCAAUUCGCAUCUGUUGAGUAAAAGUCAUCAAUGA